AUGGCGCCAACAGCGGGAGCCGGGACUGCUAAGAUGCUGAGUAAGCUGGAGGCGAGCGUGAAGGCAGGCAACUUCUACGAAGCACAGCAGCUCUACAAGAGCGUCAGCGCCAGGUACCUCAGUAAAGGGGGUGCACGGGCAGAGGACGCGGUGGAGUUGCUGCAGAGCGGUGCGAGCGUGCAGCUGCAGCAGCGGCAGGUGACGUGUGGCACGGAGCUAGCUCUUCUGCUCGUGGACGCUCUGUCCGCAACGCACACCGCGCACUCGCAAGGCACUGUGGAGCGUCUACUGGCCAUUAACGACGCCUUCAAGCCGUUGCUCUCACACCAAACCGGCUCGCCCGCUGCUGCUGCGAGUGAGAGCAGGGAGCAAUCUGCAGCGCCGGAGGCAGCCACGUCUGCUGCUGCUGCUGAAUAUGAAUCACUGUCUGCGUUUGAAGGCUGCUUGUCCUUCCUCAAAGCCGCCAUUCGGUGGUCUCUGAAGGCACAGGGAGCACCAAGGCAUGGAGCACCAGAGCUGCACGAUGCACUGGCCGUGCUGCUGUGGACGCAUGGUGCCACCCAGGAUCUAGAGGCAGCCAGCCGGCACUUCGUGCUGGGCCGCGACACUAAGGCGUUUAGCUCAGUUCUCUGCCAAGUCAUGCAGGAGGGCUUCCCAGACGAGGUGGAUCUUGUGCUCGCCAGAGCCGUGCUGCAGUACCUGGCAGUGGGCAACAUAAAGGGAGCCAACGAGCUGAUGGACGAUAUAACAGCACGUGGAGCAGCAGGCACCGCACCAGCUCUACCCGACUCCCCUCUCAUCCACUUCACCCGCUUCCUGCUGCUCACUGUGGAGCGGGAUGCGCUGCCUCUCUUCCUGCUGCUGCGCAAGGUGUAUGCCCCCAGCAUCCGCCGAGACCCGCAGUUUCACUUGUACCUGGACGAGAUAGCCCACCGCUACUACAAGGUGGCGCGGCCCUCAGGGGGAGGGGACUUCAUGGGGGGGCUGCUGCAGGUGCGCACUGAGCGCCCUUCUGCCGCGCAUCUCGUCAAACGCGUGGUUUCUCAAAUGGAUUCGUUCAACGAGGGCUCUUCUCCUCGGCAACGCCGCCUCGAUCCCGAUCCGUUCCCACGUCUGUCAGAUGAUCUCGUCGCGCACAUUCUCGCGCUCGUGGCCUCUAACGGUUUCCGCUUCCACCCCAAGCCGCGCCUUACAACCGCCGCUGCUUCUUCUUGCACCACCACAGCCACCGCCGCCGCGGAGCCUAACGCGGGCGGAGCCGGGGGCGACGGUGCUUCUGCGGAGCGCGAUGAUGGAAUGGCCAGAAACGUGGGGAAUGCUGUUAAGAACGGGUCGGCCAACAGCGAGGACGCGGAUGCGCAUGGCGACGACGCGAGCGAGGACGAGCUGCUGCAAGAGCGCAUCGCGCGGGCAGUGAAGAACAAGUGCGCGCGCUUCGUACGCGUUAUCCAGCUACCUCGCGCCAUAGCUCUCGAGGCCGAAGCGACCGCCGCGAAUUACGCUCGAACCAUGACACUCCAGAUCGAACCCGACAAUCCCGACACGCCGUCAGCUGAGCAUAUCCUCGCCUCCGCCUAUCCGCUCCCCCUCUCCGGGACCUCCGCGGACUCCGCGCCCUUCCCGCCUCCGCUUCCGCCUCCGCCUCCCUCUCCGCCUCCGCCGUUCACCGUGUUCCGCCACGCGCUCGUGUGCAAGCGCUGGCUCCGCUUGGCGCGCUUCAGCCUCCCCGCCAUCCUCCUGCAAGCCGACCGCCGCCUUUCCACCCAAACCUUCCGCUCCUUCCUCUCCUCCCCACCUCCCCUCCCCCUCACCCUCUCCCCUCCCACCACCCGCUCCGCCUCCGCUGCUUCCCCGUUCUUUCCCCUCCACUCCCCGCUCACCCUGCGUCACCUGCACAUCGGCCCAUCGGCUCUAGACGCCAUAACAGACGAGCUCCUUAACUCCAUUGCGACGGGAUGCGCUUCCUCCCUCACGCACCUGUCGCUGUAUCGCCACAUGAACCUGCACUCCUGGGACCAGAAUUUCUACGGCUCCGACGACCCAGACGAUCCCGACGACGCAGUCGCGAAAGUAACAGAGCCCGCCGUUACCGCCCUUUUCGCCGCCUGCCGCCGCCUGGUCAGCUUGAAACUCGUGCUGCCUAUGUGCCUGCCCGAGCUGCCCGCUUCCGUGAGUCUCCUGCAGCGGCUGACGAGGCUGGACGUUUCGUGCGGCCGGGACGAUCGCGAUUCCAGGCCGCUUCCAGAGCCAGAGGGGGGGUUACCUGAGAGCGUUGGCUCGUUGUCCGCGUUACAGUCGCUUCGCAUCCGCGCUGCUUACGCGCGCGCCCUCCCGCCCACCCUCUCCCGCCUCCGCUCCCUCACCUCGCUGAAAGUCGACGGCUGCUUCGACCUCUGGGAGCUGCCCGACGGUCUCGGGCAGCUAAAAAACCUGCGGUACCUGGAGCUGGCGAAGUUAGAUUCUUUGGAAUCCCUGCCCGACUCCAUCGGCCUCUUAUCAUCCCUCGAAACCCUCCACCUGCGCGGGCUCAGUGUCUCCUCUCUCCCAGACUCCUCCGACCAUCUCUCUUCCCUCAAACGCCUCUUCCUCUCCCACCUCGCGCACCUGCGAUCGCUCCCUGACAGCAUCGGAGAGCUGCCAUCGCUGCAAGAACUGACCGUCAAGUUUUGCGCUCGCUUGACUGCUCUCCCGCCCUCGCUCUCCGCCCUCUCCUCCCUCACUGCUCUCACCGUUCAGCACUGCAAGUCUCUCGCCUCGUUGCCGGAGGAUAUCGGCGACGUUCCCCGCCUCGCCUCUCUUGUUCUCGACCAGCUCCCCGCCCUGGCAGCUAUUCCAGACUCACUAGCCCUCCUCUCCUCCCUGACGCACCUGCACGCGGCCAAUUGUGUCGGCGCUGACGGAGCUGCAUCUGAGCGAAGUCGGUUGCGAUCUGCCCGAUUCGUUCGGGCAGCAGCUGCUGAAGCUGACGCGGCUCACAAUUGCUGCUUAUUCUGGUGA